CUUGAAAAAACCCCCAAACCUGAAAAACCCUAAUAACCACCGGUGCACCACCACUCAUACGGCAGACGGAGAGAUGACACAAAAGGGGAGUUUAUUCAAAGGCCACCAGAAGAAGAAAACAAUCCCUCCCAAUCGCCAUGGAAAGGUCCCUGUAACUCGCAAAGGGAAGAGAUUCGUGAAGCCUUCGAAGUCGUCAAAGGAUUUGGAUGUUGAUCGAGAACUGACCAAGUUCAUAAACCAAUGUAACGAGGCAAAGGCGGCCACCCUUGCUAACAAGGAAGGUGGCCAACUGAGUAUUGUCAAGCCAUCUGUAGAGUCUUCCAGUGGAGGAAAGAAAGAAUCAUAAUGCUGCAAAGUACACAAUGAAGUGGGAGUUUUUAUCCAGAUAUAUGGUUUAACUUUAUAAACUUAUGUUGAAAACUUGUGCGCUGUAAUUUGCUGCUGUUUCAUCACUUUUACAUUCUUUUUCACUCAUUUUUGCAUUCGCAUUUCCUUAUAUCUACGGGGGGUUUCAAAGUUUUGUAUGCAUUAUAACUUGUUAGAAGUCGCAGACUCGCAGGGGACAAUUCAGUGGUU